CUCGCGGCGGUCGCGGGUUCGCUUCGCGGUUCAGUUCGCGGCGGGUGCUUAACAGUUCGACAGCUCGCUUAUCGGCGCAAGAGUCGCGAUAAGACGCUCGCGCGCUCAGUGCCGCCGCCUCCGGCUCAGCCGACGCUCCCACCGCAUAACAGUGGAUGUAACCAAACUAUAAACAAUAUUAAAAGUGCCUGAACUACUGGCCGGCGAGUGUUUAAUAAACUAACGUGUUGUGACAAAGAUUGCUUUACUUUUACUUUUGCGGACGAAAAGAACCAAAUCAUUCGUGUAAGUUAUAAACUUUUAUUAAUGUUGUGAAAAUAUUUCGAUUAGUGUGUUUACGAAAUAGUGCGUUGGCUUGCCGAGUUUUUCCUAGUUUUACCGGACUUUUCGUGCCAAUAAAACAAUACAGAAAUAUCGCGGCAGCGCGGUGUGAACAAGCAGUUGAAGAAUGGCAAUGAAGGAGUGGCUGCAAUGGCUGCCGCCGCCGCGGUCGGUGCUGGCUCUGCUGCUGGCAGCUGCCGGCUUCAGCGGGCGCCUGUUCGCGUCUCACUUCACCCACUCUCCCACGCUGCUCGUCGACACCUGCCACUCGCUUUGUCGCCUCGUCGGGCUCGUCACCACUGUUUUAGCUUAUAAGUACGAAAGGGCCGACGAAAGCACAGGCAGGGAAGGCCGUCUACGCAACACCUUCGGGUGGGCGCGGAUAGAGGUGGUCGGAAGACUGUCAGUGCACGUGCUGUUCGCAUCCUUUGCUCUUGCUCUGGUGGUUAAUGCACUACAGCUGGGAGUACACUCCUCGCAUGGACAACCGCCGCGGUAUCCCAAGGUCAUCGUCGGAUGCGCCGUCAUAGGACUGCUACUACACGCAAUCAACUACAUGCUAUUGGCUGGUCGAGAGCUAAGCUACAGCCGCCGGCUGAGCAUGACCGAGGGCGGCGAGGUGGUGCUGAAGACCGGAGCUGGAGAACCCGUGUUAGCGCACGCUCCCACCGACAUCGCCAGCAGCCUCUUCGUGAUGAGUGCUGGUCUGACGCUGGAGUGGGCGCCGGAGGCCGCCCGCAUCGCCGACCCUGGCCUGUCUGCCUGCGCCGCCGUCAUCCUCGUCAUAUUCAACUAUCCCUUUAUGAGGUCAGCGGGUUUGGUGCUCCUGCAAACAGUUCCCGAAGGACUCGGCGCGUGCGAGCUACGCGCGGCGGCUCUACGCCUCCCGGGCGUGCUGGCGAUACACGAGUUGCACGUCUGGCAGCUACAUAGAGACCGUCUUGUGGCUACAGCACAUGUGGCUUAUGGCUCACAUGAGGACUACUUACAGAGUUCAGCACUUGUUUGCGACUUGUUCAAACGUCACGGGAUUGGUUUAGUCACAUUGCAGCCAGAAUUUGAUUUGGCUGGUUUUAUAGGUACGGACGACGAAAAGAAGGCUAGCAUAGACCUGGCAAACUUGGCGUGUACGACUCCAUGCGCUAAAGAAUGCAUCGCGCCUCGGUGUUGCCAGCCUGCGAGGAAGGCCUCCGUCACGCGCAUCUAACUACCCGCACAACGCAGUGCCCUCACAACAUGUGUUCAAAAAGUACAGACUGUGUGUGAAUUAGUAAUAUUUAAUGUCUGGGAGUAAGUCAGCCAUGAGAUAAGAACACAACAGUGGCAAUUGUGCCGAGAUACCACUGUUUAGAAAAAAGUUUGAGCGUGGUAUAUCUUGCCGUAGGCUAUGACAAUGUAGCUAUGUGAAUUUGCAUAGGCACACGCAGUAUUGUUAAAAACAAAUUCACCAAAGAAAACUUAUCCAAUGCGGUGAACAGUGAAAUUUCUAAUCGAGGUAAUCACAGCCUCUAACAAGAAGAGUGAAAGUACGAGGUUAGAGCUGCCACGUCGCAUUAUGUCACUCCUGUGCACCUCGAUACACGGUGAGUGACAGCCAAAUGAGCAUACGAGUACGUUACACGCGUAAUGAUUCUACCAUUGUUAAAAAACUUCUUUGUGUUUUUACGACUAUACAGUGUGUNCUUGUAAGAGAAAUUGAAGUUUUCUCUUUGCAAUUAAUAUUUUGUGCCAUGUUGGCCGUAUAAAAUGUUUCGACAUGAUUAAUAGUCUCGUGAUAUUUAAGCAUUUUAAAUAAGUUUAUUUUACUUUAUUUAAUUAUGAAUUUGAUUUUUCAUUAGUUUGUCACAAUAAUCGAAAUUACCAGCCUGAACUAUGGCGCAUUAUAGUAAAAAGUUGUUAUUACCUUGCUGAUAUUUUCAGUUUGAUACAAUUUAAUGCCCCAGCUCAAAUUUUAGAAACAAUAAUAAUACUGUAAUAAUAUUAGUGCUUUGCUCAACCUACUGCGACUUAGAUAAGCUGAUAGAUUUAAAGUUUUGUUAACUUCGUUAAGUUGCUACUAAUAUAGUGUUACAUAGUCCUGCCAUUGUAAAAUCAAAUACAGGUUGUUCAUUAAAACAAAAUACUGUUUAGUGGAUUAAAAUAUUUAUUAAUAGCUCAAAUUAAAUUAUACAUUUAUAUUAUGAACAGUUUGAAGGUGGCGUACAAAGCGACUGUGAUGUUCCUAGACAGUAUUAUAAGGAGCUAGGUAGAAACUUAGUGUAAGAAAAUUUGUAAUGAUGAAAGUAAAGGUGUUUUGUGUACAAAUAAUAAUGCUUAGUUAAAAUAAUAAAAUGGAAAAUCUAA